AUGGCCUCACAACAGAGCCAGGUCAUAUUCGCUCCCUCAGAAGAGGCUCCACGCGGGGUCAAGUCCGUCUUCCUCGCCGGCACAACAAGCAGAGUCGACGCGGCCGACUGGCGCGAGACGUUGAUAUCCCUCCUCUCCGACACAAACAUCACCAUCUACAACCCGUACCGCCCAGACUGGGACAGCACGUGGCGCGAGGACGUCAGCUUUGAGCCCUACCGCCAGCAGGUCGAGUGGGAGCUCGACAGGCAGGAAAAAGCCGACAUGGUGGUUGUCUACUUCCACCCGGCCACGCAGGCGCCCGUCAGCCUGUUGGAGCUCGGCCUGUGUGCGCGGGUGCCCGGCAAGGCGAUCGUGUACUGUCCCGAAGGGUACUGGAAGCGAGGCAACGUGCAGGUUGUGUGUCGGAAAUUCGGGGUUGAGAUGGUCGAGAGCAUCCAAGGUCUCCACGGCGCUAUCAUGAAGAGAAUGGGGUGCUAG